AUGACUGGCAAAAUCAAAGCAGUCUUUUUUGAUUUUAUGGGAACAUGUCUAGACUGGCAUAGCAGUGUAGUACAAGCUUUCCCUCCGGCAAUAAACAACAAAAUUGCAUCUGCUCUAGCUCUCGAAUGGCGGAAGCAGUAUUUCAUCGCAAACAAUGAACGCUAUCUUCAAGGCCUUGCUCCCGAAGACAUCGACAUCACGCUUGCUAGAGUCCUCGACUCAGUCCUUGACCAAUUCCAAGAUGUCAAGUCUCAACUCGACACGAACGCUAAACAGAGACUUGUCGAAGCAUGGCAUUCACAACCAGCCUGGCCCGAAGUACAACAGGCAAUAAAGAGUGUUCGAGAGAACCUUGGGCUAGAGGUCUUCGUUCACGCCAAUGGCACGACUCGUCUUCAACUUGAUCUUACACGCUCGUCGGGAUUGAACUUCGACAUGUUAUUUUCUAGCCAGCUCCUAGGCAUGUACAAGCCAGCUCCGGAGGCAUACCAGAAGGCAUUGCAGUUGGUCAAGCUUCGGCCAGAGGAGGUGGUGUUAGUUGCGGCGCAUGCCUACGAUCUGCGAGGUGCUCAGAAAGUUGGCUUGAGAACAAUCUAUAUACAUCGAUGGACAGACGACAUUGAUGAGGAUAUGGAGAAAGUCAAGACCGAGUUUGAUUUCUACUUGGAAAAUAUGGAGUCUCUUUCAGAUACCAUUGUUAAUAUAUAA